GGACACAGGGGGAAAAAGGAAGAAAGCAGGGUAAGUAAGAUCCACACUUGGAGAUCUUAAGGAUCUUGCUUAGCACGGUUGUUGCUGAGGAAAAUGAGCAUGAGUUACAUCUUUUCGGUGUUUGUGAGGGAGCUGCCUGGCUACAUUAUCUUUGCUUGGAUCUUUAUGCCCGUGACUUUACUCCUGCUGCUGCUAAUUGCCUACUUCAGGAUCAAACUAUUAGAAGGGAGUGUUGGGGGAGCUAAGAUGACAUCCUGGAUUUCCUGUGUAAACUUCAGAUGCUUCUCGGUACAGCUUGUUAAUGAGGAACUGGCCAAGGCACAAGACCCUGGCAAUGUCCUCCUGAAUUACCAUGGCCGGUGGCAGAAACCCAGGAGAUCUGGACAAAAAGAGAACAAAUGCAAGAACCAAAGGACAUUUAAGGGAGUCUCGUGUCUCAGGAAGCAAACUUAAAGCCAGUACUCAGCUCUGCAGAUUUAAAAAUCACCACCUGUAGGUAAAUACCACAGAGAAAAGCAAAACAAAGAGAAGAAAUUAGUUCUGUGCCAUACAAAUGAAACAGCUGCUGCCUUCAAAAAGGUCUUGUAACAGUCUGACUUUCUCACAUGAGGCCAAGUAAGCCGUACUUUAUGCAACUCAUCGGACACCAGAGACCUCCUGCAACAUACUGGAUUAGUUCCCUUACAUGACACAGGAUUUGUGGGGAGGGAAAGCACUUUGCUCACUAGCCCUCCCCUAGCCUAGAGAAGAAAGCUAUACGACAAGCUCCUGAGAGAGAUGAGCUGGUGUAUACAAGGCAGGCAGUCUUACUAAAUUGAAGAUGCAUAAACAGCAAAUUCAUAUUGAGCACUGACAUCUAGGAAAUUGAGAAGGGCGGUGAAGGGAAACUGCCUUUUUUAUUUGCUUGUACACUUUGGGAAAUAUUAUAGGUUUUGUAAAGUAUGCUUUCCACAGAAUUUGGAAGCAAAAUAUAAGAGUGAUGGGAAACAAAAGGACUUCUCUGCUGACUUGACCAUGUCAAAUUUUGAAACCAUGAAAAGAUUGUCAGUAUUCUGUAAACCAGUUAUUAUUCUAGUUUAUAGGACAAAUGGAUCAUUUUUCAAAUAAAAAAAAAAACC